AUGGCUCCAAAUGUCGACGACUCAUCUCUGGAAACCCCAUCAGGGGACAUGCUUGAUGACUCCAACGCCGACCGAACGACGCUUUCGGGGGUUGGCGGAGGCCGUAUUCAGCAGCAACUGGGUGGUAUUAAGCAGAAGCUGGAUACGGAAGCGGGUGUCAUCGAGAGCAAUGGUCAUGGUGGCAGCAGGCGAGUGGCUGUGGCGCAAAUGACAGCUGUUGGUGAUGUUGAGAAGAACUACGCUACAUGCAAAUUGCUUGUGGAGCCCGGCCCCUCCCACUGUCGCGCCCUCCCCCUGCCCGUCGCGCCCUCCCCCCUGACCGUCGCGCCCUCCCCCUGCCCGUCGCGCCCUCCCCCUGCCCGUCGCGUCGCGUCGCCUCCCUUCCCCCUGCCCGUCGCGUCGCCUCCCUUCCCCCUGCCCGUCGCGUCGCCUCCCCUUCCCCUCCCCGUCGCGUCGCCUCCCCUCCUCCUGCCCGUCGCGUUCGCCUCCCCUCCUCCUGCCCGUCGCGUCGCCUCCCUUCCCCCUGCCCGUCGCGUCGCCUCCCCUCCUCCUGCCCGUCGCGUCGCCUCCCCUCCUCCUGCCCGUCGCGUUCGCCUCCCCUUCCCCUGCCCGUCGCGUCGCCUCCCUUCCCCCUGCCCGUCGCGUCGCCCUCCCCUCCCAAUCCCGUCGCCCUCCCUUGCCCGUCGCGUCAACCUCCCCUCCCCGCCCAUUUCCCACCGUCAGAUCCUCCUCCCGCCCAUUUUCACCGUCGCAUUCGGCCUCCCCGCCCCUCUCUCACUGUUCAUCACCUUAGCCCCACCACCGCCUUGUGCGCGGGGCCCUCCCCAGCUCUGCUGA